GGGGAUUCUGACACACGCCGCUCUACUUCUGCAUAUGUUGUGUUUAUUGGAUCAAACCCCAUUAGUUGGAGUUCCAAAAGGCAAGCCACUGUUGCACGCUCAUCCACGGAGGCCGAAUAUCGUGCCAUCGCCUCAGUAUCUGCUGAAUUAGAAUGGCUUCGCAACCUCCUUUCUGAGCUUCAUUUUCCACUACGCUCGGCUCCAACAGUGUUCUGUGAUAACUUAAGUGCCACUUAUGUAUGUGCAAAUCCUGUUUUUCACUCGCGAAUGAAACACGUUGCCAUUGACUUUCACUUUGUUCGUGAACAAAUUCAAAAAGGUCAACUGCGUGUCACACAUGUUCAUACUCAGGAUCAACUUGCUGACUCUCUCACCAAGCCACUUGCUCGACAAUUAUUUCAAUCUCAUCGCUCCAAGCUUGGUAUUCUUCCCAGACCACCUCGCUUGCGGGGGCAUGCUAAAGUAUAAAAUAUAAAUAUUAUUAACUCUUGUAUUUAUCCUUCCGGCCUGGUGUGUUUAUCUGUACACCUACUUGUAUUUAUCAUAUGUAACAAACCCAAGUGUACAGCCUACUAUUUAGGAUCUAGCAACUACUCUCACGUGAGUAUAUGUGUACAUGGCUAUAUAUACAUAGCAGACCAUUCAAUGAAUAAUAAGAUAAAUCAUUCAUCCUGCUUAAUACUUGUAUUUGCUUCAGACGGCUCCUUUUGUCGCGAGAGCUAUGCUGCUGUCUACUCACUCGAUCAUCCAACAAAAGUAAAGAGCAUCCCACUAAUUAAAUUGAUACAUCUACGGAGUAUUUGAGGAGAAGGAAAGAUGCAAAUUUUAUAUAGAGUAUGUGUAUAUAUUUAUUAUACAACUUACAAUUUGAUUUGGUUCAACUUAUAUUUUUAUUAACGUAAUUUAAUUUUCUAUUUAUCUCAAGUUAAUAUACCUUGUUUAUAUUGAGUUUGUUUUUAGAGGUUUUUAAGGUAUUAAGUUUGUUUAUUUUGAUUCUUGGAGUUACAUUUGAUAAUAUACGAAGUUACAUUUUCUUAUGCUCGAGUUACAUGUUAUUAUGCGUGAGUUACAUCUUAUUAUGCGUAAGUUACAUCAUUUUUUAUGCGAGUUACAUACUUUUAUGCUCAAGUUACAUCUAAUUAUGUGUGAGUUACAUCUUGUUUAUUUGCAAUUUUUUACUUAUCUUUAUCUUUAACUAAU